ACAGUAAUGCCAAAAAUAGCCGCAGUUUCGGAAAGAAUCUGGUCACUAGCUACAACCUUUUCCAAUUUAUUUAGAAGAAUAAUGCCGAUGAAGAAUAGACGAUCACCCCUUGAUGGAUUCGAAGAUUUGUCUUCAGUGAUGCGAUCGAUCGACGGAAUCCAGAAACCAAGGUAUGUCAGUGAUAUCUUUACGAUACCCGUAAACUAUUUUCACUACAAAAAAUCUUUAAGUUAUCAUUACAUGAUAAGAAAUCACUCGAAAAAAUGCUUAAUUACAAAAAAACCGAGACUAGUAGCCGUUCGUCAUCCGCCACUUUCGAAUUCACUCACUAUUUACUGA